GCAGUCUCGGUUGGCUCCACAGAGUCUGCAGCAAAGUAAUGAUGGCUUUAACCAAGGGUCUAAUGCCGUACGGUUAAUUAAAACUAAAGGCCUUCCUACAGUAUUGACAAGCCACCAGUAACGAAUUCAAAUGAUGCAGCAUAGUCAGUUUCUCCUGAAAAGUCAUGUUGCAGUCCUUUAUCCUUCCUCCUCUUGGAGGGUGAUGGUUGAUGAUUGGCUGGCCAGGGCAUGGGAGUCCGGAGGCUGGCGUUUCAGUGCGGUGCUCAUCCCCGUGUCCGUGUUUACACCUCGAGUAUUACCGCGCGGACGGGCGAGCGAGAGGAUGAAGAGGACUUGGAGAUAGCAGCUGUCGCGAGUGGAGAGAUAACCACCUCGAUAUUGGAGAACAGCGGACACUUCCUUUUUUCAGUCUGGAGAGAAGUGGAACUGCGCUGCCUGCCGAAGUUGUUUUUUUGCCACCUACACGUGUGAAUUAUACUCUUUGUUUUUGUUGUUUUUUUUCUUUCACGAAAACAGGAAUUCGUGGAUAUGGCACUCUGACAAGCCAAACUUUGUUUUCGGUUUUGUCUUGGCUUGCUUGAUUUUCUGUAACGCGGGCGCGGGUGGAGUUGGCAGUAAAGAUCAUAUCGCAGAUCCCUGCAGAAAGUUGUUAUUCUUGUUUAUGGUUCAUAUUCAACGUUGCUCCGCGGUUAACAAGACUGACCUUAUCGUGUAGGAAUCUAUAAAUCCAUAUAUUUGUUGGUAGCCUAUUCCUAACUGGAAGAAUAAUACUCCAUUCGUUUUUUUUCCUGUCUUGCGCUUUCGCCUUUGAGGAAAUUAAGCUUGUGCCACAAGUAGGCUAUCAACACCGUUUUAGCCAAACAAACUGUUUUGACAACUUUUGUUGUUGGACGGUUGCUCGCAACAUAAAGAAGACUGAAAACCAUAGUCACGCGAGGGUGGAAGGGCACCGUAGACUUUUUCGAGAGCCCCUGGUGCCAUUUCGCAUUGGCGUGACCGGGAAAAGAUGCUCUCUCCGAGGAUACAUCGUGGACAGGGUCUCGGUCCUCUGGUGGUUCUGUUCCUGUUCUGUGGUUCUUCAGUCGCGGAAGCAGAUGGCAGUGACUACAGCGAGGUGCUCCCGGACUCUUUCCCCUCUGCGGCAGCUGAGCCGCUCCCGGAGUUCCAGCUGGAGCCGGAGGACGGCUUCAUCGUGAAGAACCGGCCGGUGCAGCUGCGCUGCCGCGCCGCCCCCGCCACUCAGAUCUACUUCAAGUGCAACGGGGAGUGGGUCAAUCAGAACGACCAUGUGACCCGCGAGAGCCUGGACCAGAUCACCGGGCUGGUGGUGCGGGAGGUGGAUAUCUCCGUCUCCAGGACACAGGUGGAGGAGCUCUUUGGCCUGGAGGAUUACUGGUGCCAGUGUGUCGCCUGGAGCUCGGCCGGCACCACCAAGAGCCGCCGGGCGUAUGUCCGCAUCGCCUACCUGCGCAAGAACUUUGAGCAAGAGCCUCUGGGCAGGGAGGUGCGUCUGGACCAGGAGGUGCUGUUCCAGUGUCGCCCCCCGGAGGGCAUUCCCCCUGCCGAGGUGGACUGGUUGAAGAACGAGGACGUCAUCGACUCCAGCCAGGACUCCAACUUCCUGGUGACCAUCGACCACAACCUGAUCAUCAAGCAGGCCCGCCUGUCCGACACGGCCAAUUACACCUGCGUGGCCCGCAACGUGGUGGCCAAGAGGCGGAGCAGCACGGCCACGCUCAUAGUCUACGUGAGUGGUGGUUGGUCAUCUUGGACAGAGUGGUCUGAGUGUAAUGUGCGGUGUGGGCGUGGCUGGCAGCGACGGACACGGACCUGCACCAAUCCCGCACCACUCAAUGGAGGGGCUUUCUGCGAGGGUGCACCUUUCCAGAGGAUUACCUGCACCACCCUGUGCCCGGUGGACGGCGGCUGGACGGAGUGGUCCAAGUGGUCAGCCUGCGGGACGGAGUGCACGCACUGGCGCAGCCGGGAGUGCCAGGCGCCCCCUCCCCGAAACGGGGGCCGGCACUGCAGCGGGAGCAUGAUGGAGAGCAAGAACUGCACAGAGGGACUGUGCACACGCAAUAAAAAGGUUUCUAUUGAACAUGCAAGUCAUCCUCUGGACCCUGGGGCUGGUGUCGCGGUGUACGCGGGCCUGGUGGGGGCGCUGUUGCUAUGCGUGGUGCUGGUGCUGUGCGUGGCGGUGCUGGCCUACCGCCGCAGCUGCCGGCAUCUCCACGGCGACAUCACAGACUCCUCCUCAGCGCUGACCGCGGCCUUCCACCCCGGCAACUACAAACCGCCUCGACAGGAUAACCCCCACCUGCUCCACGCGUCGGCCCCCCCGGACCUGACCGCCACGGCCGGCUCCCUCCGGGGGCCCCUCUACGCCCUGCAGCAGAGCGCGGCCGACGCCCACAAGAUCCCCAUGACGACGUCGCCGCUCCUGGACCCGCUGCCCAGCCUGAAGAUAAAAGUGUACAACUCGUCCACGCUGUCGUCGCUGGAGCUGCCCACCGGGGGGAGCUCUGCGGACGGGGAGAUCCUCAGCCUGAGGACGGUGGGCUCCGGCCCCCGGGACCCCCACAGCCGCACCCUCCCCAGAGAGCCGGGGAGCUGCGCCAGCGCCACGCUGGGCUGCCUGGGGGGCAGGCUCACCAUCCCCAACACAGGUGUGAGCCUGCUGGUGCCUCCGGGGGCCAUUCCCCAGGGGAAGUUCUAUGAGAUGUACCUCAUCAUCAACAAGUGGGAGAAAACCACGUUGCCGUCGGAGGGCGGUCAGACGGUGUUGAGCCCGGUGGUGUGCUGCGGGCCCUCGGGGAUGCUCCUGAGCCGCCCGGUCGUGCUGACCCUCCCCCACUGCGCCCAGCUGGACACGCCCGACUGGACCCUCACCCUCAAGACACAGACACACCAGGGAGGCUGGGAGGAGGUGCUGACGGUGGGGGAGGAGAGCCUGUCAUCGCCCUGCUUCCUGCAGCUGGAGGAGCAGAGCUGCCACGUCCUGAUGGAGCAGCUGGGCACCUACAGCCUGGUGGGGCAGUCGGCCCCGCCCCAGCCCGCCUGCAAGCGGCUGCAGCUGGCCCUGUUCGCCCCGCGCGCCCCCUGCCUGUCCCUGGACUACAGCCUGCGCGUGUACUGCACCCAGGACACGCCCUACGCCCUCAAGGAGGUCUUGGAGCUGGAGCGUAGCCUGGGUGGUGUUCUGUUGGAGGAUCCUAAGCUCCUCCUCUUCAAGGACAGUUAUCACAACCUGCGCCUGUCAAUCCAUGACAUCCCCCAUUCCCAUUGGAGGAGCAAACUUCUUGCCAAGUACCAGGAGAUCCCGUUCUACCACAUCUGGAGCGGCAGCCAGCGGCCCCUGCACUGCACCUUCAGCCUGGAGCGCAGCGGCAUGGCCGUGUCGCAGCUCACCUGCAAGAUCUGCGUGCGCCAGGUGGAGGGGGAGGGCCAGAUAUUCCAGCUGCACACCGACAUCCAGGAGACUCUGCCCCCCCACUCCCCGCUCCCGUCUGGGGGCCCCUGCGUCCCCUCCUCCCAGGUGGGGCCCUACGCCUUUCGGCUGCCCGGCUCCAUCCGCAUGAAGAUCUGCGCCAGUCUGGAUGCCCCCAGCGCCCGCGGGUGCGACUGGAGACUGCUGGCACAAAGCCUGGGCUUCGACAGGUACUUAAAUUACUUUGCAACAAAACCCAGCCCCACAGGUGUGCUUCUCGACCUGUGGGAAGCCUGUCACCAAGGUGAUGCAGACCUGGUCUCCUUGGCGACCGCACUUGAAGAGAUGGGCAAGAGCGAAGUACUUGUUGUCAUGACGACUGAUGGGGAUUGCUGAUUGGUCCAAACAAAGAGAUGACCAACAAUGCAAAAAUACCUACCCAUUACACACCUGUGGACAUGAAUACCUUUGCCACACACACACACACACAUAUCUACAUGCCCCAUGCAGUCCUAUAGCACACCUGCUUUACCCCAGUCCACAACCUCCACAGAGGCCCCGUGAUGGUCUGCUCCUGCCCGCUCAGACCCAUUCCGUACAGGCAGAGACUGAUACCCGCUCCCCAGGCUGGCCCUUCGGCCUGAAUUUGGCCCCAUAGCAGAUUCCCACCGCGAUACUUCUUCUGAUGAGAUGACACAGGGGGUUUGCUUUUCAGGAUUCCGCCUUUCAGUUCUGUGAAACAUCACAAUGUCACAUUUGUGACACAAAAAGAUUUUUUUUUGUAUUUCAUUAAAAUCAAUUUGACGCUUUCAGCCCUUCUGACAUCACAUAGCCACUCAAAUUAAAUGAAACAAAAGUGCUUCUGUCUCUCUCCCCCAUUCUCCCUUUCUUUUGCCCUCCCGUUCUUUCAUGGCAGAUCUUUGUUUCCUAGCGACAGAUAGUUUGAUGUGAUAAAUUCACAAUUUGACCAAUCAACAGUGAGGAAUUCCCGCCCCCCCACACACAUCUUAAACCCCUCAGGCGAAUGAUGUGCUGACAUGGACAAAGACACAAAUAACCUCAGACUGACUCAUCCAGCUGUGUAUCGCCAUUAUUGACUAACAUAUUGGCCUAUGCGUAAGGACCAGUUGCGUUUCCACAUUUCACUGGCCGUGCGCUGACGCACGUCUUGAUGACCAAUACAAGGUUUACAUGUGUUCUAGCAGGAGACUGGAGUCUGGGGGUGACCACGCCUUCAAAUACCUCAAACGAGCAGCACAGCCUGACACCACAGGAAGUCUCUUCCUCAUAACAGCCCCUUACAUCUCUCUGCUUUUUGAAAUAUCUUUUCUCUGACGGCAGACUAAUGCUACAGAAGAGCUUUUGGUAAACCAUUAUCAGUUUCCUAUAGGGAACGCGAUUUUUAAGUUAUUAUCCAUAUUUUUGGAUUGUUUUUGUGUGUAUGUUUCCUCCCCCCCACUGUUACAGUUAGCAUUAUUGUUGCUGUUAUGAUUAUUAGUAGAGCCUCUUUUCAAUUCAGAGUUCAUGUUGCAUUAAGCACUGAGCUCUUGUGAGAAAUUUCUGAAGCUACAUUAAAGAGUCAGAAAUAUAAAAAAGGGAGAUUGGGGGAAUAAUAGAUUAUUCAGUUGAAAAUGAGACAUGGUGUGUUUGGGGGCGGGGGCGGGGGGGGGCAAAUGGAGACAGACUCACUGAAACUACAUCAAACUCAGGUCCAUCCUUCAAUUGUAAGCAAAAGCAGUGCAAAUGUCAAAUGUUUUUUUAAAUUUAUUUAAAAGUCCAUUAUUUUAAAUACACCCAUUUCUGCUGUUCUUUUGUCGUUCUUUUUGUCCUUUUUUUGUAAAAGAUAAUUAAAAUUGGGCAAUUAAUUUUAAUUCGACAUUAAUUCUACUUUCAAGAGCUGAAUAAUAAGGCCUUGCAUGUGAUUGGCUACAGUAACCAUAGUGUAAUCUGCCUUUAAUUGGGAUUGUCUGAAAUGGCUGCAGUGUAAUCUGCCUUUGAUUGUAAUUGGCUGCAGUGACUGCUGCAUAAUUUGGUUUUGAUUCUAGUUGGUUACCAGUCUUUGAGAGCUUUUCAUUCCAAACCUUUGGUAAGGUCAUUGAUGAAUGCCAUCCCUCUGUUACUCUUUCUCUUCCUCUCUAAUCUUGAUUUUUGAUUAUUGACUAGCUGCUAUAGUCAGGGGCCACUAAUAGAAAUAAUAUAUAUUUUUUAUUAUUGUCAAUUUAUUAAUAUUAUCAACAGCAUUGUUACUGCUAUGAUUGCAUACGGUCAUCAUUAUGUUUAUCAAAUAUAGUUCCUAUAUGGAUGUUACUGUUAUUAUUAAAAACAACAAAGUGUUCAGAUCUUGGAAACAGAAAUACCAAAACAAAAUGCAAGAAGUAUCCUUCCAGUUCUCUCAGUGAACAAAUUACUGUUUUAGUGUGGAUGUGCAAGUGUGUGUGCUUGUUUGGCUGUGUGUUUGCCUCAUGUUUUUGUUUUUAUCAUUAUUCUUUAAGUUCUAUGCAAGUACGAAAAAAGCUAAUUUUAGGACUUAAUUUGUUCCCUUUACUGAGUGGAAAAUGUGUAUAUUUUUACAGUACAGAGCAGAAGGUUGACAGGGUUUUGUUGCACUGCUAUGGGGCUGGCCCUACUUUUUGCCAUGUUGUAUCACCCCAGGAGCAACAAGCGACAAGGCCUAGUUUUGACAGCUUCCAUCCAACGGCAUCAAGAGGAAGAGAGUGUAUUUUGUUUGUCAGGCAAAUUUGGAUGGCCAGCAGGUCCUGCAGGGCUCCGGAGGAGAGGCACCUUAAGCCCAUGGGGACAGUGAGAGCUGCACCAGUUUACAGAGAUGUCACGCAAAGAUGACCAAUCGCAACUAGGACUGCGUUUGAGGUGUGAAACCGUGCACCUGGUUAUGGUAAACAGUGAGGAUCUAAAUCCUGAAAUGGGGAAAUGAUGAUAGCAACGAUGACGAUGAUGAUGUCGACGUGGAGGACGUGAUGGAGUUUCCCUCCCGCAGAGAAGAUGCCCCACAUUCUGAACACACCAAAGGCUGUGUGGCCUACCAUGUACUCUCUUCUGCAAAUGAGACUUUUUGUUAAUUACUGCAUUCGGUGAACAGCAGAGAUCAACAUGACCGGUAUUUGUUGAUUCAUGGCAAAAGCUGUCCUGUCUCUGCAGGCUAGCUCACUUGCCCCCCCUGCUGGAGUUGCCUGAGAGAUGAACAUGAUUGCAGAUGGCUCUGGACCAUGGGCUGAAAGGUUUUUGUUUAGAUAUACAAGUCAAUGCCUCCUUUUAUAAAUAAAAAUUUAAAAAAUGUUUCAGAAAGAAAAUUGUUCCUUUAAUUCUGUAAACUACCAAUUGUAAAUAAAUGUUUAGCCUUCUUACUUGUAACUAAAAAUAAUUUUUAUGCAAUAAAUUAUAUUUCCUAGUUUAACAA